AUGGACGCGUUCCGCUGUCUUUGCUUUGUCGAUGUCUCUGCGUGGGUUCCGACCUCUCCAGACUGGCAACGCCUGAUGCAACAACUCCCUGCGCAUGAACAGGAGCAAGUGAGGCGAUUCGUGUUUGCCAAGGACCAGACGUUGGCGCUCGCCAGUCGCUUGCUCCAGCGGCACCUCAUUCGCAAACUCUUUCACGUACCUUACGGUGCCAUUGGCAUCCAACGCACUCCUGAGAAGAAACCGUACUGGAGACGACCAAGUGGAAGUUCCGCUCCUCCAGCGUGGAACUAUAAUGUCUCGCAUCAUGGUACCGUCGUGGCGAUUGCUAGUGACGCUCAUACGUUAGUUGGCGUGGAUGUCGUCCGAUUCACCGAUCGACCACAUCGCAAGACGUCGAUUGAAGACUUCUUCCGAGCUUUUGCAGACCAUUUCAAUCCGAGUGAGUGGGGAUUCAUUCGCGGAGAAGAAGACGAAGCGAUUCAGUACCAUCGGUUCUACCAACUGUGGUCGCUCAAGGAGGCGUACAUAAAGGCAGUGGGUGUUGGCUUGGGCUUCUCGUUGUUACGAGCUGAGUUCGUCCAAGGGACCCCAGCUCGAUGGGAGCUCUAUCUAGAUGGUCAGCGUGCGAUCGGCUGGCAUUUCACGUGCACGCAACUUGACUCAACGCACGUCGUGAGUGUCGCAUACGGACCGUUUUCGGCAAUGUGGAAGCCAGAGACCAGCUCUCUGUUCUCGACCGCAGAUUCGCUUUCGGACGCCGUGUCUACCGAUGGCAUCGAAGAAACCAAAGCAACGGCAGAAUGGCAGCAAUGGAGUCUGCGAGAUUUGUUACAUUCAUCAUAG